AUGCAUGGUGAAAAGGGACCAGAAAACAUCAUGAGGAUAGAUGCCAAAAAAGAUUUGGGCAUCUGGGUCUCCUCAAACUUGUCCUUCUCACUACACCAUGAGAAAUCGGCCCAAAAGGCAUUCGCCAUUUUACGGAUGAUCCGACGCACCUUCUCCCGUAUUACUCGCAUGGACUUCCAAAUACCCUAUGGGGCCUACGUCAGACCGCUCCUGGAAUACGCCAACCAAGUUGUCUACUCAGGACGUACAAAAGACGUCACCCUCAUUGAACGGGUCCAGCGGGCCGCCACUAGAAUGGUUGCCGGCUUCAAAUCCGUGGACUACGAAACGCGUCUCGCGAUGCUUGAUCUCUUUCCCCUGGAGUACCGUCGCCUCCGAGGGGACCUAAUUCUUACUUACGCCCUGUUUGAACAAAGCUUGGCAAACAGGUUUUUCACCGUUGACCCAGCAAACACCCGGCGAGGACAUAUGAUGAACGGGAACACCGACAUUGAUGCUAAUGUGUUGCUGUCUAACGAGGUGGAAGACUGUACAUCUGAGGCAGACUACGAAGAAAAGCAGCGUCUGAUAAAGCAGAUAAUCGAGUUGCAGCGUACUCUGGAAGAUCUUUCUGCUCGGGUUGAUGUGGUCAAAGAAGAAAACAUGAAAAUGCGAUCUGAGAACCAGAUUUUGGGACAAUACAUUGAGACGAUGAUGGCAAACUCUUCUGUGUUCCAGUCUACGUCUCCGCGAGCAGUUGAAAACCGGCGCCAGAACUCACGCGGAUUUUAAUUGUGAUAGGUUGGUCUUCCCUGGCAGAUACCAUCAUUUGACUAUCUUCCCCGUCUUGGUUUAUAUUCUUCCCUUUAUCAUCCUUUCACAUCUUGACUCUUCUUUAUAAACGAGAAAUAUGACAUACUUUCCCCUCUCCAUCAAGGUACUGCUCACUCCGAGGCAAAUACACGGUGUUUAAACGUUGUCUGUGAGGUCUCCUGAUUUUCUAGACGAAGCAUCGCAC